CCACCCGACACUAAUUGCCUCAGGUGUGCUGCUGAUUGUUCAGGUUGUAGUAAAAGGCUACAAGCAGCUGCAGAGCUGCUUUCUAGUGUAACCUCACAUCUUUGUUCAUACUUUUGCUCACUUCAAUGGACUUUCAUUUACUUUUUUGCCGCAUUUGCUUGAUAAUUUGGUCGCAGUAAUGCCACUCUGAGGAAAAAUGUUUACAACACUCAACACGUCAAAUUCUGACGACUCCAACCUGUCAAGUGCUGACUCUCAGAGAGUGCUCGAGCUGACUCAUCGGUCCGUCAAAGUAAGCAUAAUAAUCGUUUUGGGCGUGAUGAUCACUUUGGGAAAUAUUGCAGUUCUCCUGGUUAUUACUUCCUCCGUAGCUGGUUGGUCAAGAAGCUCUCGGUACUUCCUCCUCUCUCUCACUGCUGCAGACACUGCGUUUGGACUGCUGGUCAUGCCCUUGAAUCUCUGGGUGAGUCUGGUAAAGGACUACAGUGAAGGGCCAGAUGUGCUUUGUCAUGUCGUGGCCUUUUGCAAUGCCACAGUCUACUCCACCUGCAUGUAUACACUGGCCACCAUAAGCCUGGAGAGGUACAUAGCAGUGUUUUACCCGCUGAAAUACUCAUCUCUGAUGACACGAAAAAGGACAUUGCUCCUGAUUGCCUUCGCCUGGUGCUUCCCUCCGUGUUUACUUUCGCCAAUACCAUUUCCAGAUGGCAUUAUCGAGGUUCAUUUUUCUACUGCAUCACUGGUCUGCAAUCCAUCCUACUCUACAAACACGGUAUACACCCUAAGCUUGACAUGUUUUAUAUUCUUUCCUUGCUCCAUCAUUAUGACAUAUGCAAACCUGAGAGUGUGGUGCGCUGCCAAGAGACAGAGACUGAAACUACGCAAAUACAGCGGUGCGCAUCGCCGCAGACACAACGUUGCAUCCAGAGUGCUCGUGCCUGUGAUGGCAGCCUACUACACCUGUUGGACACCCUGCAUGGCAGCUAUGAUCUACAAUGCACUCUCAGGUAGCAGUGUACCAGAGUGGAUUGAAUUUGUGGUGGUAUGGCUGCCAACCUCCAAUGGUUUCCUCAACUGCAUCUUCUACUUCUGGAUCAACAGAAGCUUCCGCAGGAAAUUCCACCUCAUCCUCCAGAGGCUGGCUCUGGCCCUCUGCCCCGAACUGGCCAAAACCCUUGGGUGCUGCACUACUUCAAAUACACAGUUUGUGUCAGGAAUUCUGGAUAAUAACAACAGUGUCCAUGAGCGGUCCUCCAGUGUGUCCUCCACCUGCACCCUGCUAAGCUUGGCUUAGGACUUCUUCACCUGCGCCACUGGCAUGUUAGAGGACAUGGUCAAGGACCUCUGUAUUGUCUUGCUUUGUGUGACUGGGCUAGUCAACUGAGGCCAAGUCAUUGGCAUAUCCAUAGAAAGGCAUUAAGUGUGAGAACUAGAGUAAUGGGUCACUGAGUUGCAAUGCAAAUGGUUUGAUACUAAUACAGGCUAUGACAGCUAUGAAAAAACUUGAGAUGUCCACUGUGCACUCUACUUCAUUAUUAUUUGAGUUAUUUUGAUUGUUGUAUAUGUUUUUUUUCUUUGUUUUUUUUUAAAUCAAUUUUCAAUCUAAAAAUUGUGUUCUGUUGACUGGAACACAAGCUCAGUUUAUAACUUAUUUGGAUUUUUUUUGUUUUACCCACACACACAUCUGUUGCCAAGAUGUGAUGCAGACUUUACCUCUUAAAUCACUUUUUAGUUGUUUUAUAGUUAGCCUUCAACCUAGUCCAUGCCCCAGAAAUAUCCACCAUCACUUUCUGUACAGCUAUAAAAUGAGUAUUUUAACAUUGUCAGAUUCUGCAUGUGUGGAUUUGUUGCUUAAGUCAACAUAUUUCACUUCAAACAUUCAAUACUAGUCGAUUAGUUCAUCACAAGAAACUGGUAUUUAGACUUCUAUUCACAAUACAUUUCAUGAACCAGCAUCACUAUUUGAUUACUUUGAGGGAUUGAGCAUGUCUACCUUUUCCUCAAUUUAAACUGUGAGUCGGAGACCUUGGCAUAUAACAGCUGGGAGAAGUUAACCUUUAAGUCACAGCAUUUCAGUGUAUGCAAGGAGAAAAGUAAUUAAGCAGCCACACUGUAGAAAGGUCACCACAUUUGUGCUGGCAAGAGAUAACUUGGGUAACUUCUGAGGCUGUGGUUGUUUACUUUGAGCUAUUAAUCCCAUGAUGUACCCCCUCAGUAUAUUCUACUACAGCAGGGCUUCAACUUGGCAAUGACCAUGUCAUCUUGUCUGAAUAGAGUUUACUGUCAUGAAGGUUGAUUUAGAUUUAAUCUUGGUAAUCCUCCCAAAACAUUCAACAAAAAAUGACAUUUAGAACCAUUUUAUGCAACUUAUUUUAGUUUUCAGAAUGCUGUGUAGUGUCACCAUGAUUCAUUUUGGGCAUUAGCAGUGGUGACCCUCUCCACAAAGUUGUAGACAUCAGAAAAUCAUGUGAGGGAAAUGACUUCAAUAUGACCUUUUGUAUAAAUUAAUUUUGUUAUGUUUCUAAAAUCCUAAUAUUAUAAAGAAUUAAGAAAUAACUUGAUAAUGUAUUGGUUUAUGAAUUAUCUAUGAAAUAAAGCAUUGUGCCUUUUGAA